CAGAUCGGCAACAUUGGCUUGCAGGGGGAUUUCCAAUUGUCUAGAAGUACGUCAUGUCUAGUACUACUAUUUUCGGGGAUUUUCAAGAAGUAUUUAUGUCAUGGCAAGAGUGAACACACAGAAUCAUUUGAAAGAUGGAAUCAGAGAAGCAAGAUCAGAAUCUAGUUGCCUCCUUAUUCUAACCCAUCGCUGGCAGUACCAUAGAAACUGUACUUGAGGUGGUAUUCUGACAUUAUGGCUAAGUCUUCAAAACGCGUUCCCAGAGACGAGUACAAGUAUGUCAUGCUCAUUUGUGACAAGGAGGUGGCAUAUAAUACCAAUUCAAGAACAAUAUUGAAUAGUAGUCGAUCAGCACGUCAAAGGCUACUAAGAGGAACGCUUCUUCGUUUGUCACCAUCAAAGCAACCCUACUCUGAUGGGUCCUGGAAGAUACAUGUCUCAUCAUUGGAUGAUGACAAUAUGGACUUGGACUGCUACCGCUCUGAUAUUUCUCCAUUGAAUGAACCUGAGAAAGAUUUACUCAUUGCUGUAACAUCAAGAGAGGAGAGAUAUAAAUUGUACGCAUUCGAAAAAGACACCUUUGCUUUUGGUUUGGUCUGCAAUUUAGAUGAUUGGGUUCUUGUUAAAGUGAGAUUAGAGGGAGACCAGGUAGAUGUCGCUGGGGUCAUAAGAUACAGAGGAAUACUCCCUAACGAGAGAGGGAUUCAUUUUGGAGUUGAGCUUGAGGAAUACAGGGGAGCAGGAACCACAGAUGGAACGUUCAGGAACCGUCAGUUUUUCGCUUGCCAAGAAGACUGUGGUGUGUUUGUUCCCAUUACCAAAAUCAAGAAACGCUACAGAGACUAUGACAGAUCCGUCAGAUAUUACAGAAAGAAUGUCUUGGAAGUUGACUCGGCUUUCAGUCCUAGUGACUUUCAUCUCAACCAGAGGGUACAUGUAUUCACUGAUGAAAUGAAGGAGGGUCGUGUCAUAUACUGUGGAAGACCCACUGGUGCCAGCCAAGACUAUGUGGGAAUUGAAUUAGAUAAUUCCGUUGAAGCAUCGAUGAGAAGCGAUGGGACAUACAGAAGUGUGACUCUCUUUCAUCCUCAGAAACCUGAACAAACAAUCUUAUGUCCCAAAUUAAGUGUGUUUCCUGUGGACACUCCAGAUCAACCAGGGAUUCUAAAACAGUAUUCUGCAGAACCGAUGGAGAUUUCAACAGACCCGUUUGAUUUCAAUCAAUUCCCUUACGGCAGCCAAGUCUCUAUAGACACACAGCGCGAUGGUACCAAAAGCGGUCAUGUGAUAUGGGUCGGCAAGCCUCAUCAAGAUGUGGAGGUGCAUGUUGGGAUAGAAUUGGACUUUCCAUGUUUAAGGAAUGAUGAAUGCAAUGAUGGGACCUUUCGUGGAGUCGGAUUGUUCAAACCCGAACAUGUUGACAGAACUGUUUUGGUUCCAGCCUCUUGUGUUAUGCCGUAUGAAAGAAGUCUAUCACCAGAGACCGUAAAGGAUUCCAUUAAUGCUACCUCUGCUUCACCGAUGGAAAGACUCGACAUGAUACCUGGCCCUCCCCCAUAUCACAGACAUCACAGUGAUUCGUUAACUGAGGAUGUUGCCGCUGGCUUUGAACGUCUAGCAAUGACUGAUGUUAGUGAUGCCAUCAUGUCCACUUCACCCAGUAAACCACAUUCAGCUCCUAUCAUAGACAAAAACUCGGUGUUUGGCAAACCUACAGAUCCUGGAGCGGUACGAGUAAAGGUGCAUGCAAAGCCCUCCUCCACUGGAAACAUACCCACAUCUUUUAAGUACGGACAGACAUCAGCAUUAGAAACUGGUACCAGAGGGACAACUCGUCCCAAAGACUCUGGCUCAAAAACAGUUGCUCUGGCAGAAAGCAAGCAAGAGAAAAGCAAUUGGACUACCAAGAAAUUUCCCCAACGCAACGAGAGUCACUCAAGAAGAAAUGAUGCAUAUCACUCAUCUUCUUCAGAUGUUCCUAUUGUUCAUAGAAAGACAGCAGGUGUCAAAAGUCAUAGAACAACGGGACAGGACCAUGGUAGGAUUGUCAGUAAAUUCACUCUCCUGAAUGAUGUCCUAUCCAAUGUGGCGUUACAUAUACAUGGACAAUGGAAGACUUUAGCCGAGAACUUGGGAAUCAUGAACAAGGAGAUAGCUGAUAUUGUCAGCAGCAACUCGACUUCCAAGGAAUGUGCUAUGGAUAUGCUACGAAGAUGGCGUGAACAGAUGUCAAGCUCUCGGGAUAAACUCGGACCACUCAUUAAGGCCUGUCAGAAGAGUGAUUUUAAUUAUCUUGCUAAUGAACUAGAACAAGGACUAGACGAGCAAAGGCUGCAUCAUAUAGCAGGCCAGGUCCAUGAGACCGUCUGGAAUGUCCUCGGGGACAGCCUUGGCCUGGAGCGUGACCAUCUAAGCCGGCUCCAGAUGGAGGACCCCCAUCCAAGUCAGAGGGUUUAUAACAUGCUCCUUGACUGGAGACUCACUCUGACCUUUGACACUGAUAAGCCUCUCAUGCUAGCAAAAGGUCUUGGUGACAUUGGUAUGGAUGAACUAGCUAUGGAAGUAUGCAGGGGUCUAACAGCUGAAGUACUUGAAGAUGUCGCCAGGGGCGCUAAAGAAUUCUGGAAACGUCUUGCAAUGGAGCUGCACCUGACAACCAAAGAGCAGAAGUAUCUUGAGAAAGCAAAUGAUGACCUUGCUGCAGCAUAUGAAACCAUUUCAAGAUGGAAGAGACGUCAGGAGCCUGAAGGGGACCUCCUCAGCCUUCUUUCAGAUGCCCUUAGGAAAUGUGGCAGGGAAAGCCUGGCAAACAAGGUUGUCAAAGGUAUGGAUGAUACCUUACUGGAGGUGAUAGCCAACAUGGUGGAGGACAAGCAGCACAGUAUCGCCAACGCUCUGAGUAUCCCCAUGCAGGAGCAGUUUGGCCACAACGAUAGCCGCCAUGGAACCAAACCAAGCACACUCAGAUUGCUCCAGUGGUGGCGUGCGAACAGAGCGAUGAAUGAAGAGGAUGGACAGAGGAAACUCUUUGACGUUCUCAUGAAGUAUGGCUACAAGGAUGCUGCUGACAUGGUGUUGCCGGAGUCCUUCAGACCGCAGGUUCAACCAGAAAGGAUUCCUCCACCAAGAGGACUUGAUGAUCAAAACGUGCUUGGAACGAUUGCAAAUAUGAAGUGUUCUACCAGAGAACUUGCACACAAACUGCAAGUACCAGAUACUGAAGUUGUCAGGAUUCAGAAGCAUUGGCAUGAUGUCUCCAAACAGAAGUACUUUUUCCUUAGGAAUUGGAUUAACAGGAAUGAAAGUAUUUAUUUGGGAAAUAAUCUUGGAUGGCAGCUGUGUAAAAUAUUGUUGGAAAUGGGAAUGGAUCAUCAUGCAGAUUUCCUUGUUGAUGGAUCCCCAUCCAACAGGAGAUGGUUCGAACAAACAAACUUUGCAACCUACCAGGAAAAUCAUGAAGAGGAACCAACAUACCCCGCUGCAUACGAUUACCCCCAACACCGUCGCAUAGGAUACGACAAGGAUGUCAUCGUUGUGGAUCGAUCGCCAGAGGCACGGAAGUCGGAUCUGGAUGUGGAAUCAGUGGUCGAGGUGAAGAUCAGAGGGGAGUCCCAUUAUGGUGUCAUUAAAUCUCUCUGUACUCAUCUUAAUUGGCUUGAUGAUGACAUUGCUGGUAUAGAGCUGGAGGAACCAAUCAUCGGUGGCACCGAUGGUAGCUUUGAAGGUACCCAAUACUUCACCUGUGGACCGAGGAAAGCAGUCUUUGUCUACCUAUCUCAGUGUCGACCAGAUUCACGAUUCCCAACCAAUGCUGAUACCUACAGGGUCUUUACAAGAGAAACCAGUCUGGAUUUCGGAAACCAGGAAUCACCCAUCAUCCCAGGCUAUGUGGAGCUUCGUAAAUUCCAACAAAGCUCAGUAGGGGAGAACAAAGGAAUCCAAGGAGACCAGAACUCCUGCUACCUAGAUGUGAGCCUCUACAGUAUGUUCUCUUUCAACACGACCUUUGACGUCUCCCUGCUGAGACCAAAGGAAGGAGGGGAUGUGCACGACUUUCAAGAAAUUCAGACAAUACUCAGGGAGAAAAUCGUCAACCCGCUCAGAGAGAUUGGGUUUGUACGAGCUGAUCGUGUGCGAGAUCUCCGUCUUCAUCUUGAUAAACUAGGUCUUCUACCAGGGAUGACCAACGAGGAGAAGGACCCGGAAGAAUUCCUUCACAUGCUGGUCAGAGAUGUCUUGAAGGCUCAACCACUUAUCAAAACAAGGCAUGGUGAUACAAAAGAGAUUGACAGCCAGUACUUGUAUCAGAUCUUCAUGGAAAAGAAUGAUUCAUUAGAGCUACCAAAGGUUGAACAACUCCUCCAUCAAUCCUUCUUAGACAACGAACUAAAGCUGGUCGAGAUUCCAGACUGUCUUGUAGUUCAGAUGCCAAGAUUCGGGAAGGAUUAUAAGAUGUACAGGAGGAUUUUACCCAGUCUAACCAUUGACAUCACAGAUCUACUGGAAAACUAUCCAAGAUCAUGUACUAUCUGUGGGGAGCUGGCCAAGGUGGAAUGCAGGGACUGCAGACCGGAUGAAGGAAUCUCAGAAGAAUUCAUCAAGUCUUACUGCAUUGGUUGUUGUGAUAUGAGUCAUAGCAGUCUCCCAUCACACAGGAUAAAACAGCUCACCCUGAAUCCAGAGGUUGAGAAAGGAUUUGAACUGGUGACCAGAACAGGCCAGCCGCUUCAUUUUCAUAGACAAAUGAUGGAGCUGUUUGCUGUAGUGUGCAUCCAGACAAGUCAUUAUGUGGCCUUCGUGAAGACGGAGACAAAACCCACACAUUGGGUGUUCUUUGACAGCAUGGCAGAUAGAGAUGCAUCCACUGUUCCUGGAUUCAACAUCCCCAAGGUGACCCACCUAAAGAACUUUGAAGAAUGGUUGAAAGAUCCUCAGAGGAUCAUCAAUACGCCUGAUGACAAGAAGCUUCCAGAACACCUCAGGAGACUCUUAGGAGACGCUUACAUCUGUUUCUACCGGAAGAUAGGAACGGAACAGACCGAAAGAACUCCCAAGGAAUGGGCCUCGGGGGCAACAAACUAUUGAAUAUAUGAAUGAAUGAAGGGAUAGAUAUGGAGAAUCAGGAUAGAGAAGCUCUGGAAGAAACGGAAGGAAUCCAGCGUGUCGGAUUGAUGCGGAUGUAGAGAGACGAGGAUGAUCAUCGGCUUUGGCUGGUGAUCUGGUAGGAGAGUUAGACAAUGGUCUGGAAGCCAAGACCCAUGAAUGAUGGAGAAUGCUUGGAAAAACACAGUGAAGGA